AUGAGCAAAGAGAGGAGUAAUAACUUUAGCCGAGAAGAACUCAACAAAUUGAAGGAGUUACUUGAAAAAUAUUCAAUAAUAAUGAAUAAAAAGACAGACCAUGCCAGUACGAAGCAGAAAGAUGAAGCGUGGUGUCAACUAACGAAUGAAUUUAAUUCUAAUAAUCUUAUUUAUCGAACGAAAAAACAAUUAAUUUAUAAGUUCAACAACAUGAAAAAAAAUGCCAGAAAGGAAUUAUCACAAGAAAAAAAAGAACGCCGCUGUACUGGUGGAGGGCCACCACCACCCAAACCUUCCGAUACCAGUGAAUGGCUGUGCAGCAUAAUGGGUGAAUCAAUAGUGGGUCUUCCAUCCACACAUGAUUCAGAUUUCAUUUUUGAUAAUAAUACUCCACAGUUGAAUGGUGAAGCAGCUCAACCAAGUGUUGCUCUUUCAAAUAUUGAGGAGGAAAUGUCUAUGGUGUCGUAUACAGAUGGACACAAUGACGGAGUUAUCCAUGAUGUUGCUCAUAUUGUGCCAAUUCAUGAUGUUCAAGAAAAUGAAGAGACUCGGGAGACUGUGAAAUUUGACACGAGCACACCACAUACAAUGCUGCGAAAACCUCUUUCUAAACCAUUAGAAUCAUCUUAUAGGAAAAGAAAAUUGAAUUUUACUCCUCUCGAGACAAGAAAAAAAAUCAUUACAGUAGCUCACGAAAAAGAACUCUACUUAAAGAAGAAAGGACAUAUCAGUUUUGACACGUGGUGA